AUUUCUUUUUGUUUGCAGCGUUUUAUUAUUUGCAGCAUCAUUUCAUUUUAUUUGCAACAUAUUUUUUUAUUUGCAGCAGAGUUUCUUGUUGUUUGCAGAAGCACUUCUUUCUAUUUGUAGUUUUUCUUAUUUGCAGCAAUGUUUCGAUUAAUGCAACUUAAGUUCUUUUGAUUUGCAACAUUAUUUUUUUGGUACCGUUUAUCUUAUUUGCAGCGUUUUAUUGUUUGCAGUUUUUUUUUUUUUUUUGGCAGUAGCGUUUUUUUAUUUGCAGUAUUUCCUUUAUUUGCAACAUUUCUUUUUAUUUGCAGCAGUAUUUAUUGCCAUUUGCAACGUUUCUUUUAUUUAUUUUUUGUGUUUGUUUUUUUUAGAAAAAGAGUUAAAAAGAGAGAAUUGGGACACCCCCCAAUCCCUGCCCUUAUCCGCCCAUUUUCUAAAUGCGGCCGUGUCCCAAUCAUAAACUUGAAACAGCAUUAGCUGGAUUAGUAAACAAACCCCCCUUUCCCGUUUGCCCUCGGUUAAUUCCAUUACGCACAUUAGUGUAACCCUUCUCUGGUGGCUCCUCUAAUGCCUCGAUUAAUUGGGUGUAGUGGCAUGUGAGAGCCAGCCUCCACAGCCGGUCAGUUUCCAUCCCCAAACCCGGGAGGGGGCCACCUUUGCACGCGCUUCAGAUCCGCGCAGGUGGAGCCCCGAAGCCCAUUGAAGCAAACUUUAUCAACGUUACGAGGCAAUAGGGGCAGUUUGAGUCAUAAUAAAAGAAACUAGCGUGGACUCGUGCCAGUGGGCACGCGCUAGUACACCGCUAAUCCCAGAAUCCUGUGAGCGGGACCAUGAAUGCUGGGACGGCGUUGCCGGGGGGAAGGUGGUGGCGCCUGGGACCUGUUGGAGAUGACUGCUGAAGGUGGAGGAUGGACGCAGGACGGCAGUAGAUAACGAAGAAGGUCCGUUUGGGUCCCCCGCCCGACAGGGUUGUAGAGAUGGAGUCCAUAAUGAACGCAGUGACCCCGCGCUCCCCGGCCCCGGUCAAGAAGCUGUCGGAGGUGGACUUCCGCUCGGGGGCGCCCCUGGAGCAGCUGUCGGCGCAGGUGUCCGAGCUGGUGCUGCUGGAGCAGGGGGAGUUCGGGGACCAGACCGCCUUAGAGGUCCACACUGCCAAGGACUUCAUCUUCAACAUGCUGGGUUUAGUCCAGAAGGUGGACCAGCGCCUCCCCGUGGCCAACGAGUACCUGCUGCUCUCCGGCGGGGCACGGGAAGGCGUGUUAGACCUCAACCCGGAGGACCUGGGGGAGUACGCCAAAGGGGCUGACUUUGACUUGGAUUUCACUCUGCUGGUGCCAGCCCUGAAGCUCCACGACCGCAACCAGCCCGUCACCCUGGACAUGAGGCACUCGGCGCCGUGCCACUCGUGGCUCAGCCUGCGCCUCUGUGACUCCAACAUCCUGUCCCGCUGGAGCAUCUGCUGCCAGGAGGAGAACGGCCUCCCAGCUGAGGAAGAUGAAGAGGAGGAGGAGCGGGAGAUGGGUAAGGGCUCCAUCCCCUCCCUGGGCUCUCCUCAGGCUCUGGAUGGGUGCUACUUCUCCCCCACCCUGGUGACAGACUGGUUCUGGGGCGUCGUGAGGGAGGCCGUGGAUGAGCUGAGGCGCAGCCCCCAGCGGGGCAUCCCGACGCCCGAGCGGCUGGAGAGGAACGGCCCCCUGACCACCAUCAUCCUCCAGGCCGGCUCCAGCCGGGUUCUGUACGACCUGCUGCCCGUGGUGUCGUUCCGAGGCUGGCCCGCCGUGGCUCAAGGCUGGCUGACCGCCAACCACUUCUGGGACGGAAAAAUCACAGAGGAAGAAGCCAUAUCCGGCUUCUACCUGCUGCCCUGCAGCUCCCCCAUGGGGGGUCGAGCCGACCGGGAGUGGAGGCUGGCGUUCUCCCGCAGCGAGGUCCAGCUGAAGAAGUGCAUCCCCUUCCCCAUGGCUCAGGCCUUCCAAGCGGCCAAGGCGGUCCUGUCUCGCAUCCUGGCGCGUCCUCGUACGGGCCUCAGCCUCUACCACCUGCGUACCCUCCUCUUCUGGGCCUGCGAUCGACUCCCCGCUGCUUACCUGUCCUGCCCCGACCCCGACACUCCCGGACGCCUCCUCCUGGGCCUGCUGGACGACCUGGCCCAUUGCAUCCUUGGUAAAAACUGUCCAAACUACUUCCUCCCGCAGUGCAACAUGUUGGAGCACCUGACGGACGCUCAGACUCUCCUGGUGGCCAGAAAGCUGGCCCACGUGCGCUCGGACCCCGGCGAGCACCUGCGGGCGGCUCUGGACCAGGCCCAGCAGGCGGGCCAGUUGAAGAAGGAGCUGACGGCUAGCACAAACGGCCACGGCUCCCCCAGCCACCACCCGGCCAACGGCAUCAUCUCGCCGUCAGAGGACAAGCUGGCUCAGCGGCUGCAGCAGCUGGUCACGGAGAACCCGGGGAAGUCCAUCUCCGUCUUUCUAAACCCCGACGACGUCUCCAGGCCGCACUUCCGCAUCGACGACAAGUUCUACUGAUGUUCUCGAUCUACAAGCACACCGAGGAGGAGAACGAAGGGGAGGGGCCUUAAAAUGAGGCGGAGUCUUAAUGUGCACACAGCCCCUCCCUCCUGCUGACUCCUCCCACUGAACAAUGCAACCAGGUUCUGCUGCUUGAUGACCCAACCAAAAAAAAAAAAGUUUCCUGACGACGACGUCCAGGUCGUCACUCUUUAUCAGCGAGCUGUUGCCACGGAGACGGCCCUCUGCUAACGAGCUGGCCUUAACGAGCGUGUUUUACAAAGAUCUGCUUUGGUCAUUAGAGAUGAGAGCAGACUGUGUGUGUGAGUGUGUGUGUUAUUACAAAUGAACCCUGGACAUGCAGAAAUGCUGCUUUUCAUCUGCUUGUCUGAAGAUGAAUUAGAAAACGCAGAACUUACUUGUGAUGUAACUGAUUGUAAGCGUGUGAGGAAAGCUGCAGAUUGUGUGAACAAAGUCUCACAGCGGCUUUCUUUGAUCUUCUCUCCACAGUUGAUCUAAACUCAUUUCCAUGUCAUCAGCGUUUCUCAGGAAUGAAGAAUGUUUUUCCGUUAGUCUUUAGGAGCAUUUCAUGUCCUGCACAUUUCUGAAACUGAUGAGGAUUAGAAACUACGACAUUUAUGUAAACAAUCCACCAAAAUCUGCCUCAUGAAAAGUUUUCCUCUAGAGCUGGUUAAAAAUAUUAAAUAAUAUAACAUUAGGCUAGUUACAAAAAGGGGAUCCUUCAAAUAAGAAUUGCUUGUAGUUUUAAAAUAAGUCAUGACUUAAUUACCAAAGUUCCACUUUUGUUCAGUUUAAAUUAUGAUUUAUAUAAAAUGAUUUGUCCUUACUGAAUAUAAUUAGUUUAAUCAUUUAACAGGAAGUUAGAAUUGGUAUUUAAUAAAAACAAAACCAGUUUGCAUUUUAGUCUCUUGGCUGCCAUAAUUCUCCAUAAAUAUCAACAAAAAUAUAGUAUUUUGUGACCAAUUAAAGAUCAGUCAUGAGGAUAAAGUUUUACAAACUGAAUGUUCCUUCCUCCCCUACUGUUAAUUCAUCUUUGUUAUUGGAGAUUUACCAAACGUAAAAAGCACAUGGAAAUAAUCUGGAGGAGAUUUACAGUAAUCUAGAGGUACCUAAUAAUACUUUGGAGGUGUAUCAUAACUACCUUCUGGUACAUAAAAUAUUAUUGAAGUUCUUGAAAACAAUAUGGAAACGAAUCACGCCAAUCUGGAAGUAAAUUACCUUAAUUUGGAGGAAAAUUACGCUAAUCUAGAAGUAAAUUAUCUUAAUUUGGAGGAAAAUUACGCUAAUCUGGAAGUAAAUAACCUUAAUUUGGAGGAAAAUUACAAUAAUCCAGAAGUAAAUUACCUUAAUUUGGAGGAAAAUUACACUAAUCUUGAUGUAUUUAACCCUAAUCCAGAAUUAAAUUACUUUAAUUUGAAGGUAAACUAUGCUUAUCUGUAUUCGCAUGACCCUAAUUUUGAAGUAAAUUACAUUAAGGUGGAUACGCAUAAUCCUAAUUUGGAAGUAACACUAAUACGGAUAUACAAAUUUUAAUUUGGAAGUAAAUAACUUUAACAUGGAUUUACAAAACCCUAAUUUAAAGGUGAAUUAAACUGAUCUGGAUGUACAUAGCAUUAAUUUGGAAGUAAAUUGUGCUAAUCUGGAUUUACAUAACUCUAAUAAAAUGUAAAUUACUCUAAUCUGGAUGUGUAUAAUCCUAGUUUUGAGGCAAAGUUCGCAAAACUGGAUGUACAUUACCUUAAUUUUUCAGGUAAUAUACACAAAUCCUAAUAUACAUUACUCUUUCCUGGGUGUUUUAUUGUCAAGAUACUUGAGGUAUAUGACAAUAAUAUGAUAUUAAUAUAUAAUCUGGAUGUACAUCACUGUAAUAUGAAGAUAAAUUGUAACGUUUUGGAGGUACUUGAUUAUAACCUUUAAGUACAUGACAAUAUUGUGAUGAUACUUGACGAGAAUUUGGAGAUACAUGACAAUGAAACGAAUAAAUGACAGUGGAUAUACAUAUAUAUCUAUAUGAUCGUAAUCUGAGGAUAUAUGGAGACAAUGUGGUGAUAAAUGUCACUCACCACUGCAAUGGUGGUAUUUGACACUACUAUGGAGGUAGUUUACUGUACUUUGGAGCAAAACCUGAAGGUUUAUCAGUAUCUGAAGUUUCUCUUCAGAUCGGAGGUUUCCUGUUUGCACAGUUUUGGUCUCCUGCUGCAUCAAAGCGAAGCGUUCCUGUUUACUGACAUUUACGUUUGCAUUUUAUAUGUCUGAGAAGCUUCCAGCUGCAAUCUAAAGAGACUGGGAUUAAAAGUUGGAUUAGAGCGGUACAGAACAUAGACGUUUUGCUUUAGAGCUUUCCUCUGGUGUCUGUUUCUUCCGUCUGCUGUGUGUGUGUGUGUGUGUGGAUUGGUGUGCGUUUGUGUGUGUGUGUGCAUUACAGACCUGAGACAAACCAAAACGCGAUGAAGCGGUUCAGAGCGUCUCAGCUGGUGUCGGCACUUUUCCAGCCUGACUUUUGUCACGCAGACUCUCCCCGGACAUGAAUAUUCAAAGACAUAAUCAUUUAUUCAUCCGAUUACGGCCCAACCGUAAAGGUACUGACUCCGUCGGUGUACGAAAGUGUUGGAUGUUACUACGAACUGUACCACUUUGUACCUUAACGCGCCUAGUUGGAGAUUACCAGACACUGAAACAAUCAGUCACUUUCCCUGAAUUGUACUCGUGAACUCUGGAGAGCAUCACAUAUUGUAUCUUAAGAUUGUUUUCUAGAUAUGCAAUUAAGCCCCGCCCCCUUCUAAACGCCUGUCUUUUUAACGCCUGCUGUAAUUUACUGUUUGUUAGGGGGGAAUAACUGCUGUGCAGAGAUUGCAUGAGGAGCGUGGCUCUCCACACUCCGGGUCUUCUGGUCAUGGAUUACAGAUUAUGGAUUAAAGAUGAAAGACGAUGAAUGUAUCUGAUUUGUCUCUAAUCUGUCUCAUACUUGAUAAGAACUCUGACUUUACCAGAAAGUUCUCUAAAUCUGUCUGUAAAGUGCUGAGAAGUUUUAAACCUUUUUUUGCUAUAUUUAUUACUUUAUCUGGGGGUUUAUAUUGAUCGGUGUUUAGGCUUUAGCAUGAAAUAAAUCACUACAGUUGAAAUAUUA